AUGCUUCUGACUUCAAUUCUUUGCUUGGUUUUUGUGUCAAGUAAGUUACUUUUUUCUUGAAAUUUUUGAAACGAAUUUUCUAGGCGUUUUGGCCAAUUUCGGGUCCAGCGGACAGCAAGGAAUCCUCAACGCUCAUAACAACUUGAGAUCUUCAAUCGCUUUGGGAAAUUAUGUAGUGAAAGGGGCAAGGAAAGCCACAGCCACUAAUAUGCUUCAAAUGGUUUGUUUUCGGUUGUAGAAUUGCUCUUCGCGUUGUAAUUUGAAUUGUAUUUGGGUCCGAUGCGUCUUUAAAAAAUUCAGAAAAGGUGUCACGGCGUUUUUAUUAGUGAACAAAAUGCAAAACCAAAAAUUAAGGGGGCGUGGUCAAAGUCUCCGCCGUUCCCAUGUGACGUCAUGGAAAAAACGCGUAAACAACAGGAAACUUUAAAGACGCAUCAGUGGGUCACGAGACGAAUCUAUUUCUCAUUCAAAAAACGCGAUUUUUCUGUUUUUUUUUAAAUUUUAAAACAUGCCGUGUUGAAAAUUAUUCCGCGAAAUUCAAAAAUAGUCACCAGAGUGUGAAAAAAAUAUAACUGAAUUCGCGAAAAAUUAAGUUGAACGCGGCGUGUGCCAGAGUGCCGCAGUGUGUGCACACGACACACUACACUUUACGAAAAAAAAAUAUGGGCGGUCCGUCGCCAAAAAAAAAGCCGCGGUGUUCAAGCUGAAAAUGUGACGCUCAAACCUUUUCAAUUGGGGCAAAUUCAAGUAGUUUUUAAUUUGAAAAAAUGGUCUUGAAAUGAAGGCUCCAAUCUUUUAGUACUCCUCUCAUUUUUGCGACUAGAUAACAAAAUGUUUCUACAAAGUAAUAAAAAUCCCAGAUUUUCAAAAAAUUCAAAAUCCUAAUUUUCGCAACGAUAGGGCGGGGGCGGGACUUCUCGGCGACCCUCUCUUGUUGACGCGCUAUUUUCAUACUUCUCUGACCUCGCCGGUGAGGGAACAUAGAAACGCAGACACUUGAAAACUGUCAAAUCGCGACGGACAGACUAUAUGAUCCAUAAUUCAUGAAAAAAGUCCUGUUUUGAGAACUUUUUAAUCAACUAAACUUUAGUUUUCUUUUUUGCUAGCUUUCUUAUCAGCGGAAAGCAAACAUUUCACGAGAACAAAACUGAUAAAAAAAAUCAUGACUGAUGAGGAGUUUUUGAUUAUCUCUUGGAAAUGGAACGUGUUGACUUGGAAAAGUGCGACCUGUCUGUGCUCUCUUCUUCCUCGCUGGCAAGGUCCUGCAAAUAGGGCAGUUAAAUGAGAGAGACUUCGUGGAGGAAGAGACCGCAGAGAAAUGAGACUGUUCUAAGUGUUAUCAUGAGAGAACGAGGUUAGAGAAGUCGUCAGAAAAAAAAAAUAUAUCUCCACUUUUCUGGCGUCUCUUCUAAACGCUGUUGUUCUCUCGUUUUACUCUUAUUUUGAGCCUAUAUUGGGCUCAAAGUUAUAAGAAAGUUUUUCAGCCGACUAUAUUAAAACAAUAUUUGUCUCGCAGAAAUGGGACUCCGGCCUGGAACAAUCGGCCCAGAACUACGCCAAUCGAUGUCCAACAGGUCACUCAGGCACUAAUGGCGUCGGUGAGAAUCUCUACUGGUACUGGAGCUCCAACGUCGGCGAUCUCAACCAAUAUGUUCGUGGCGGAAAAAUCGUCUGAAAGAGUUGUCGAUGUUCAGGGAGCCAUGGCGUCAGCGGCUUGGGCCAAGGAGUUCCAGGACAAGGGCUGGCCGACUAAUUAUUUCGACAAUAACUUGUUCAAUACUGGAAUCGGUCAUGCUACGCAGGUAAAAUAGUUUGAGAGAUUGAGUUCUUUAAAAAUAGUCUUUUUUUAAAUUCUCUUUUUUUUUACCACCUCAGUCUCAAAAAAUUUAAUAUUCUCCUCAGAUUUUUUCAAAAAAAAAAGCAAAAAAAAGUUAGCGGCAAAAGGACUCGAACCCUGAUCAUAGACUCCGCAAGCUAAUGCGCUAGCCACUGCACCACGCUCACAUCUGCCAUCCAAUGGUUGGUGGCGCGGCCAGAUUUCUUCUGAACAUGCUUAAUGAUGUAAACUUUAAAGAAUCAUAUCUCCAAAACUAGAAGUUUGCGCAGAUAGCGACUAUGCGGGAUCGAUUCAUCAAAGAUUGUUUGAGCAAAUUUAUAGAAUAUUCUGAGCCCUACGCUGAAAUGACCUCCCAUGUCAAAACGUUCCGUUCUCACCUUUUCGCGGCUUAACCGUCCAUAUACCUUCCAAAAUCUGAGGAACCACUCAAGCGCCAACUUGAGAGAACACUUAAAUGACCGCUCAACUUCCCACAAGACUUGUUUUCAGAUGGCCUGGGCAAACUCGGGGAAAAUCGGUUGCGGCGUCUCCCAAUGUCAGGACGGCAGCUGGCAGAAAGUCACCGUAGUUUGUCAAUAUAAGCCUCCGUAGGAAUUACUGUAGCAAAUGAAGGUUACUGUAGAGCAUUUCCAGAGGCAACUACCUCGGCCAGUACAUCUACAAUUCGGGAAAAACGUGCUCCCAGUGCCCAAGUGGAACACAAUGCGUCCAGAACAGUGGACUGUGUGCCUAA